GCCGUUUUCGCAGGCCGUACAUGUAUCUCUGUGGUAGUGCAAGCUUCACGCAUACCACAUUCUCCAAAUAUUUGACAUUUUCUUCGAGAAGGAUCAUAUACAGUAUUUAAGUGCAGCCUCCAUUACCGGUGCAAAUGUCUAGGUCGGCCGUCUGCGUCAUUUUGUCCAUGUAACUUUUAACAGAAAGCGUAGUCCGGUCAGCCUUGUUUUCCGUUUGUGCAUGCAGCCAGUACAGUUGAUCAGCGAUGGGAAGUUAAGGCGUAAGAUACUGUGCAUGUGGGGCUAAGGAAUUCAUAACUGUCAGCGGUGACUCCAAGAUUCACAGUGAUUGAUAUAACCAGUGCCGUGUGAUGGCAAAAUGGCUUCUGUUGCUGCAGCAGAUGUAGAAGACGAGGUUUCUUUCCUGAGAACAGGAGAUCAGCUGUGCCUUGUGUGUUCCAGCCAGAGCAAAAGUAAAGAUGGUGCCUCGUCCCAUGUCCUACUUGCAGGGGAGGGUUUCGGCAGCCGGAGAUGCUUCCUUGAGGAAGCAAGCAACACGAGCAUUCCUCCAGAUUUGUCAAUCUGCAUGUUUGUUCUGGAGCAGGCCUUCUCCGUCCGAGCCCUUCAAGAAAUGGUUAUGUCGGACACUGUGGAAGCGGGUUGCCAAGCGGGACAUCGUACCCUCCUUUAUGGCCAUGCAAUUCUUCUUCGUCAUAGCCUUAGUAAUAUGUACCUUGCCUGUCUGUCAACUGUCUCAUCCACAGACAAGCUAGCCUUUGAUGUGGGACUCCAGGAGUCAUUGGAAGGUGAGACUUGCUGGUGGACCAUCUACCCAGCAUCCAAACAGAGGUCAGAAGGAGAGAAAGUGAGGGUAGGGGACGAUCUCAUCUUGGUCAGCGUGUCAUCGGAGAGAUAUCUGCAUCUCUCACCAGAGAAGAAGCAGCAACCACCCAGGGUUCAAGCCUCCUUUCAGCAGACGCUAUGGACAGUGGCUCCCGUCAGCUCAGGUGGUGUCAAGACAAAAGCCAUGGGGUUCCUGAAUGGCAUGGACGUCUUGAGGUUCUCCCACGGCCACUUGGACGAGUUCCUCACCGUUCCUCAGUCAGGCUGCAAGGAGGAUGACAGCAUCAGUGAGGUAUCGUAUGAGACAGGUGCCGUGUCUUGUUUUGCAAGGUCUCUGUGGCGAAUAGAACUCCUCACCAAAAAAUGGAAUGGCAGCUAUGUGUCGUGGGGCCAGGACUGCAGAAUCAGACACCUAACAUCAGGGAAGUAUUUGUCUGUGUCAAGCACUGGAGACAACGAUGUGUGCAUAGUGCCUAGGAACCGGGCAGAUCUUCCCUCGACUGUGUUCUGCCUCCGGCAAUCAAAGGAGGAUACUUCUCAUUGGAACAAUAAGCAGGAACACGGCAUGGGCAUCGCCGAGAUCAAGUAUGGAGACUCUACAGUGAUAAUCCAACACAAAGACACAGGUCUCUGGUUGUCCUAUCUGGUGGAGGAUACGUCCGUUGGCGGAGGAAGACCGGUGGACAGGAAGGUGGUCAUGCAUCGUGAUGGCCACAUGGAUGAUGGAUUCUCAGUGGUCCGUGCCCGGGACGAGGAAUCACGCUCAGCUGUUAUCAUCCGCAAGAGCACAUCUCUCUUCCAUCACUUCUUUAGUGCCUUGGAGUCAUUACGGACAGAUGAUGACGAACGCAGACAGUGGGAGAAUUUCCCCCUGGAGUCGGUGACCGACACCUUGCGGGACCUGGUUGGGUACUUCGCCCUGCCUGGAGAAGAGAGUGAUCAUGAAGAGAAGCAGAAGAAGUUGAAGGCUCUCAAGAACAGGCAGGACUUGUUCCAUGAGGAGGGAAUGGUUAAGCUGGUCCUGGAAACCAUAGACAAGAUUAGUAUAUAUAAGAGUGGGCGGGACUUUGCCACCAUCGCAGGAGAGGAAGCCGGCCAGUCAUGGGAGGACAUUCUCAACUAUCUGUACCAACUCUUGGCUGCCAUGAUCCGAGACAACCACAACAACUGUGCGCUGUUUGCUCAAGCAAUCCGUCUCGACUGGCUGAUACAGAGAUUGGAGAGCCAGCAGGCAUCCAAAGGUGUUCUGGAAGUUCUUCACUGUGUUCUAGUGGGAAGUCCAGAAGCUUUGAACAUUGUCAAAGAGCAACAUAUCAAGUCUAUGAUCUCACAGCUGGAGAAACAUGGCAGGGACCCAAAGGUGCUGGAUGUCCUGUGCUCUCUGUGUGUCGGAAGUGGCGUGGCAGUACGAGCCAAUCAGAACCUCAUCUGUGACAAUCUGCUGCCCUCACGGGACCUUCUGCUGCAGACGGCCGUCGUAGAUGAAGUCGCAAGUAUGAGACCCAACAUUUUUGUAGGUCUUUCUGAAGGCAAUGCCGUCUACAAGAAAUGGUACUAUGAGGUGUCCAUCAGCCAGAUAGACGGCGCCACUCCCAGACCGUUCAAGUUCCGUGUGGGCUGGGCUAACACGAAGGGUUUCUCCCCCUCCCCCCGGGGAGGUGAGGGGUGGGGGAGCAUAGGCGUAGGCGACGAUCUCAGCUCUUACGGGUUUGACGGCUUAGGCCUGUGGACAGGGGGUUGCUGCAAAGCAGCCUCUUGGAAUGGUAGCAGGCCCCUCAUGAAAGGGGACAUCAUUGGCAUCUGUUUCGACUUCAGCGGUCCUACAAUCCUCUUCCACGUCAACGGCAACCCGGUCAAGGCAGCCUUUGAGGCUUUCGACCUGGAUGGCAUGUUCUUCCCUGUUGUGACCCUGUCUGCAAAUAUCACCGCUCACAUUAUCCUUGGUGGCAAACAAGGGCGCUUCAAGUACACGCCCCCAAAGGGCUUUGCUCCCGUCUACGAGUCCCUCAUGCCCAAGGAAGAGCUGAAGAUUGAGAGGUGUUUCUGCAUUGGCGACCUUAAGGAGGGCAUCGUGACGGGCCCCAGUCCCAGCCGCGAUCACGCCAACUUUGUGCCGGCGCCUGUUGACACUCAGAAUGUGGUUCUUCCAGGUUACAUAGAAAUGCUUCGAGACAAACUGGCUGAGAAUGUUCAUGAGCUGUGGUGCAUGAACAAGAUAGAAGCAGGCUGGAGCUGGGGACCGGUCCGCUCUGACACCAAGAAGACCCACCCUUGUCUGACAUUCUUCCACAGCAUGACAGAGGAAGAGAAGAACUUUGACAGCACCAUGGCUUAUGAGACGCUACGAACCCUGAUUGCACUUGGAUACCACAUUAGCAUCGACGAGGAGUCAUCCAAGGCAACGCUCAAGAGGCUCCGCCUACCCAUGAACUACGUCAUGUCCAACGGCUACAAGCCCGCCCCCUACAACCUCUCCACCAUCACCCUCAACCCCAAGAUGGAGAAGCUAGUGGAGUUGCUCGCCGAGAAUGCUCACAACGUCUGGGCCAGAGACCGCAUCAGCCAAGGCUGGACCUAUGGCCUCUCAGAUGACUCUACAUACAAGCGCAACCCCCAGCUGGUGCCUUACAGCCAGCUUGAUGAUGCCUCCAAGAAGCUCAACCGUGACACCGCCAGCGAGACCGUGCGGACCAUCCUAGGGUUUGGCUACACCCUGGAGGCACCACCAGACAACCAGGAGUCAAGCUUUAGAGGUCUUGUACGGGAAAUCUCGGACACGAAGCAGAACACGAGAACCUUCCGUGCAGAGAAAACAUAUGCAGUGACCUCUGGCAAAUGGUAUUAUGAGUUUGAAACCCUGACUACCGGUCUGAUGCGGGUGGGAUGGGCACAUCCCUCCAUCAGUGCUGAUGUGGACCUGGCUACAACCGGCAAAGCAUAUCUCUUUGAUGGGUUCCUGGCUCGAAAGUGGCACAACGGCUCAGAAAAUUUUGGCAAGACUUGGCGUUCAAAUGACGUGAUUGGAUGCAUGCUGGACAUCACACACAGGACAGUCAGUUUUACCUUGAAUGGUGAGUUUCUGACGGAUGCCAGUGGUUUGGAGACGGCUUUCAGAGAUAUUGAAGUUGGAGAAGGUUUUGUUCCAGCUUUUACGCUAGCGUCUGGCGAGCAGGCAAAGCUCUGCUUUGGUCAGGACCUGAAUCAGCUAAAAUACUUCACUGUCUGCGGUCUGCAGGAGGGAUAUGAACCGUUCUGUGUACGGAAUGCAUUCAUCAAAGGAAACAUGAAGAAGACCAUGCCACUGUGGUACACCAAGCAUCAGCCAGUGUUCAAGUCAAUCCACCAGGAUCACCCUGAUCUAGAGGUGACCAGGGUUCCGGCUGGCAUUGAGGGACCUCCUUGUCUACGAGUCUCCCACAAGCACUUUGGCUCCGUUGAGAAUCAGCCAUAUGAGUACUUCCGUCUGAGAAUGCCUGUUGAGUGUCGAGACUUCCCCACAGGAGGAGAGAUAGCUGUGUCCAUCCCUGUCCCGGUCCUGAGGGACAGACGAGGCUGGUCCAGUCAGCAGAGCGCCAGCCUGGAUCUGAGCGAAACAGACUCCAAUGAAGGCAGCCGGAAAGUGACUAAUGGCUACCCUAGCAGUGCUGUAGAGAGUGACUCUGAUUUUGACAGCAUCUCCACCCCGCAUCAAAGUAGACGUGACCGACGGAAGGGACUCAUGAAAAUGCCAGAGGUUGUAGAGGUAGUGCUGGAAGAACACAGAGCUGUUGACAUGGAUACCAUGGACUCUGAUUCCACCCUCCGCACUGCCAACGGCACCCUGAAUGGCACUCACAAGGAGAAGCGCAAGGGUCCUAGCCUACCCCUGGGCAGGAAGAUCCCCAUGGUCCGUUCCCCAUCCACAGAGAGCCCCACAGGCCCUCCCUCUGAGGUCAGCACUGACGUCACACCAUCGCCUUCAAAAUCCAAGCGUGGCAAGUUUGUCAAGAGUGCCAGCAUGGACACCUCACGGGCACUGGACGGUAGCUCCCAGAACCAGGCACGGUACACAAACACCGAGGUGGACGGUCGGCGCAGCCCCGGUGCUGAGGUCAUGCGUAAGGGCAAGAGAUUGAAGACGCCGGAUGCCUCACCACCGGGGACCCUCACCCAUGAAUACACGGGGCUGAGUCCCCACAGUGACAACACCAGCUCUGUUGGGUCAGAGGGUCAUACACGGCCCAAGUUGUCCAAGCUGUCCUCCAUGGGCUCCAGCUUCGAGAUGUUCAAGUCUGUCGACAUCAUGUCCGACAUCAGCGAGGUGGACUCCAUCGAUGUUGCCAUGGCAACCAAGUACUACUAUGCGGUGCGCAUCUUCCCCGGCCAAGACCCGUCUGAGAUCCAUGUGGGCUGGGUUACCCCAGAGUAUCACCACCACAGCCCGACCUUUGAUCCUGCUAAGACCAGGAGUGUCAAGGUGAACCUGAUGAAUGACAAUGGCGGUGUGCAGGAAAGGAACGUUGUGCACCGCACGAUGCGUGACAGUGAAAGGGGGCGUGGCCCAAAGAGCACCAAACACAAUGACUGCUUCAUGAUCUGCGUUGGUGACUUCUUGGACAUGUUGACUAGCCCUGAGGGCCGGAGAGUAACCACUGGCCUGGUCAUUGGCUGUGUGGUGGACACUGCGAGUGGAGAGUUAACCUUCUCCAUCAAUAAUAGAGAAAUACAUACCAGAUACUUGGUCCAACCAUGCACCAAACUCUUCCCGGCUGUGUUUGCCCGUCCAACCAGCAAGGAGAUGUUGCAGUUUGAACUUGGAAGGUCAAAGAAUUGCCUUCCCAUCUCCGCUGCCUGGUUCAAGAGCGAUUCCCACAAUCCCGUGCCUCAGUGCCCUAGCCGGGUCACUGUACAGGUCAUGCAGCCUUGCGUCUGGUCCCGGGCCCCACACAAGACGCUGGACAUUUUGACCCGCAAGCACUCCGACAGUGCAGGAUGGAUCAUGGCAUGUAAGACACCAGUGUCCUGGUUAGCAGUUCACAUUCCAGAGGAGAACAGGUGUAUGGACAUUUUGGAGCUGAUAGAAAACCCAGGCUUGUUGAAGUUUCACGGCCAUACUUUGAAGUUGUACAGUGCUGUGUGUUCCCAUGGUAACCAUCAUGUGGCUCAUGCUCUCUGUAGUCACGUCAACGAAGACCAGCUGACCUACUGCAUACAGUGUGAAUACCUGUCAGGGCCCCUACGAAUGGGCUAUCAUGAUUUGCUCAUAUCCCUUCACCUAGCCACUCAUGCCAAUGCUAGGUUAAUGACCCAGGACGAGUUUAUCAUACCUCUCAUGGCUACUAACCAGCGCUAUGAUGAAGGCGGUGAAGAGAGCUCCACUAACAGCACAUCCAUUAAGAGAGCACUGAGCACCAGCAAAACCGUCUCCAUCCGGCCGGAGCAAUUGUUCUCCGACAAUGGCUCCAGUGUGAACCUUGCCCACCGUGUGAGCGAGACACGCCCACCACCUUUCCAACUCAAGGCUCUCAAGAAGCAUGUCAUCAACCUACUCACCCAAGCUGUGGCCCAUGGAGUGUCCAGCUGUCGUGAUCCUAUUGGGGGCAGCUACAAUGACCUCUUUGUGCCACUCCUUAGACUCUGUGACAAGUUACUUGUUAUUGGUGAAUUUGAUGAUGAUGAUUUGAAGCGGCUUUUGAUCCUUAUUGAUCCGACAACCUUUGAUGACAAGUACAAGAAAGAAAUGAGUCAGGUAGUGGGCUUGCUUCAGAUGGAGUUAGACGAGCCCGUCAAGUUGGAGGUUUGCUUCCUCCUGCAGCAUCUCUGCGACAGCCAGCUCCGUCAUCGUGUUGAAUCUAUUGUCAACUUCUCAGAAGACUUUGUGGCAGAGUGCCAAGCGGACCAGUUCAGGCGAUUUAUGGAAGUCAGAAACACUGAUAUGCCACCUAUCAUAGCAGCCAAGAAAACCAAAGAAUUCCGCUCAACUCCACAAGAACAGAUGCGCAUGCUGGUCUCCUUCAAGGGCAAAGACGACAGCACAAGCCCAUGCCGGGAGGACCUGCGGGAGGUGCUGGAGUCCUUCCAUGGCAACCUGGUGGCCCACUGCGGGGUGCAUGAGGUCAAGGAGGGCGAGCAGGGCAAGGAGGAGAGGACCUGGCUGGGACGGCUGUACAGCUGGCUGACAGGGCGCGGCAGGGACGAGGCUGACUCCAAGGAUUUCAUGCAGAAGUUUUCUGGAGAUUCCCUGUCCUAUCUGAUCUCGGAGACAAUGAUCCGAUGGGCGGAGGAGAAGCACAUCCAAGAUGCCACCCUGGUUCGGGAAAUGUUCAAGCUCCUUCACCGACAGUACGACGGUGUAGGGGAGCUUUGCCGAGCCCUAAACAAGACCUAUGUUGUGAGUGCCAACCAGCGGGAAGACAUAGUGCACCUGUUGACCUCUCUGGGUCAGAUCAGGUCGCUGUUGACGGUCCAGAUGGGGUCAGUGGAAGAGGAGGCCCUCAUUAAACACCUGUGGGAGUUAACAGACAACAAGGUCUUCUACCAACACCCAGACCUGAUGCGGGCCUUGUGCGUCCAUGAGACUGUCAUGAAUGUAAUGGUCAACGUCUUAGAGAAGCACCAGACUGCCGUCCAGCUGACCACAGGCUGCUGUGACCUGGGUAACUUGCGUGGGAGCCGAACCCUGCCCCACCAAGUUAGCUCCACCUCCACCUCGGCCAAGGUUCAGGAUGAGGGCUCGCGGGAUCUGACAUCCAGCUGCUGUCGAUUCCUCUGUUAUUUCUGCCGUACCGGCCGGCAGAACCAAAAAGCCAUGUUUGAUAACCUGGGCUACCUCCUGGACCAUGGCUUCAUGGGAUUAUCAUAUCCUUCCCUUCGUGGUUCCUGCCCCCUGGAUGUCGCAGCUGCGUCACUGAUGGACAACAAUGAGUUGGCCCUGGCGCUGAGAGAGCAGCACCUGGAGAGGGUGGUGGUCUACCUGUCAAACUGUGGCAUUCAGGACAAUUCUCGUCUGAUGUCUAUGGGCAAGCCAUCCAUAGGCUGGGACCCGUUAGACGGAGAAAGAUACUUAGAUUUCAUGCGCCAUGCUGUCUGGGUCAAUGGAGAAACAGUGGAAGAGAAUGCCAACCUGGUCGUCCGUCUCCUCAUCCGACACCCAGAGUGCUUGGGGCCAGCACUGCGUGGCGAAGGCAAGGGGCUGCUGGCUGCCAUGGAGGAGGCCAUCCUCCUGUCGGACUCAUCUGAGGACAUGCUGGUGAUGAGCACCCCUGCCAUGGUAGUAGUGAUGGAAGAAGGUGGGGAGAGCCAGCCCCUGGUAUCACAGGGGCCGGACGUGGAUGCCAAAGAAGACGAGGAUGAAGUGGACGUAGGGGGUGCUAUCUUGACCUUCUAUGCAACCUUGAUAGACCUCCUGGGUCGCUGUGCCCCUGACCAGCAGCUCCUGUCCCAGGGACGCACUGAGCCUCAGCGUAUCCGUUCCAUUCUCUGUAGUCUUGUGCCCUUGCCAGACCUGGUUGGUGUGCUCAGCCUCAAGUUUGUCCUGCCCUCUCCAAAUAAGGUCUACGAGAAGAAAGAUGACGGUGUUGGCAAACCUCUCGGUGCAGACCUAAAGGGGCUUACCCCAAGCCACAAGGAAGCCAUGCUGCUCUUCUUGGAGAGGGUCUACGGAGUCAACGAUCAGGAGUUGUUCUUCCAUCUCUUGGAAGUUGGCUUCCUGCCAGACCUGAGAGCUGCAACCACCAUGGACACACCUAACACCCACGACCAUGACAUGUCCCUAGCCCUGAAUCGCUACCUCUGCAACUCAGUCCUGCCCCUGCUGACGCGCCACGCCCACAUGUUUGAGAACGCUGACCAGUACGCCUCGCUGUUGGACUCCACCCUCCACACUGUCUACAGGAUGGCGAGCUGCAGGUCGCUGACCCGGGGUCAGAGGGACACUGUGGCAGACUUUCUGGUUGCCUUAACAAGGAGUCUGCGGCCAAGCAUGAUGCAACGAUUACUCCGCAAGUUGAUCAUAGAUGUGCCUGCCCUUGUUGAACACACCUAUGUUGCCCUCAAGCUUCUGCAGCUGCACUAUGAGCGAUGCAUCAACUAUUAUGGCAGCAUCGGUGGCUGGGGCAGCCACGGCAUGGCCAACGACGAAGAGAAGAGGCUGACGAUGAUGCUGUUCACUGGGCUGUUUGAUGCCUUGGCCGACAGGGAGUAUGACUCUGAGAUGUUUGACAAAGCCCUGCCCUGUCUGACUGCCAUAGGCAGUGCCCUGCCACCGGACUAUUCCAUGGCUUACAAUGACGCCAGCUACAUCCGAGAGUCCAGCUUUGAUGCAGAUGGGCUAUACCAACCCAAACCUGUCGAAACGUCAAGAGUGCUGUUGAAUGAGAAUCUGCUGUCUUUCAGUGAUCGCUUUGCCGAGCACCUUCACGAUGCCUGGGCACUCAAUAUGUUUGAAGCUGGUUGGACCCAUGGGGAGAUCGAAAAUAAUGCUAUGAAGGAACACCCGUCGCUAAGACCUUACCGCACACUCCACCCUAAGGAGAAGGACAGUUACCGAGACAUAAUCCGAGAGAGCUUGAAAGCCAUCUUGGCAUGGGGCUGGGCCAUCGAGAAAAGCAAAGUUCAAGAGCAGCACGCUCAUGCCCAUAGACCGAGACGCCUGUCCAAAACCAGCCUGGGUGCCAUGGAAUCUCCUCAUGGUUAUAACCCCCGACCAAUUGACAUGAGCAACAACACCCUCACAAGAGAAAUGCAGACAAUGGCCGAGCGACUGGCUGAGAAUGCACAUGAUGUCUGGGCUAAGAAAACCAAGAUGGAGAUGGAUGCAACAGGGGGAGGUUGCCACAGCCAGUUGGUACCCUUUGACAUCUUGACCGACCAGGAAAAGAAGAAAGAUCGCGAGAUGGCACAGGCCUUGCUCAAAUUCCUGCAGGUUAAUGGCUACCGGUUGCACAGCGAAGAGGAAGAAGAAAAGAGGACGAGCAGACAGUACGAUGCAGACGGCCUGGUGAGAGGUGCCAGUACAAUUGAGAAGCGCUUUGCCUACAACCUGCUGGAAAAACUGCUCCAUUACGUGGACAAGGCACAUACCAACCUCAAACCAAUGAUGAGAGAUGCACCACACAAGAGGAAAGAGGAAGAGAAGAGCUACAAAUUCUUCACUAAAGUGGUGCUCCCCCUAAUUGAGAAGUACUUCCUGGCCCACUCCACGUACUUUGUUUCGGCACCUAACUCACCUCAGAGCAGUCGUUAUGGCUCAGCAUCCUACAGAGAGAAGGAAAUGGUCACCAGUGGCCAACCCGCCAAGACAGGUGCUUCCCCCGUGGAAACGAUCAUGGUGGCAAGUCUGUUCUGCAAACUGUCACAUUUGGUGAGACAGAAGAUCAACAUGUUUGGUCGGGAUCUAGAGUGCAUCAUCAGAUGUCUAAGGGUUGUGGCCCAGUCCAUGGAUGCAAGCUCAGUGAUGAAGCACAGCUCUGACGUGGUCAAGAAAGGUCUUGUCAGCUUCUUCCAGCACGCAGCCGACGACUUCGCCGCCACUGUCCAGAACGUGAAGAACGGCCGCUUCAGUCACAUCAAGACCACCCCGGUGGUCAAGGGCAGCAGGGUGGUCAACUACGUGCCAGGCGUUCUCAUUCCGGUGCUGACCAGUCUCUUUAGCCACCUUGGUCGGCACCAGUUUGGCCAAGACAUACUCUUGGACCAGGUCCAGGUGGCUUGUUACAAACUCCUCAGCAGUCUGUACUCACUGGGUGCAGAUAAAUCCAUCUAUGUCAACAGCAUGAUGGUGAAAGAGGACAUCGACAGGCAUCGGCCAGCAAUCGGGGAGCUGCUGGCAGCAUUUGCUGGGGCUUUCCCGGUGGCUUUCCUGGAGCCUCACCUCAACAAGCACAACGGGAGCUCGCUGUUGGGUCAGCUGGAACUCAAGGGAGCAAAUUACGAAGGAGCAGAGGAACUGUUGAGACUGACCUCAGGUAUUCCUACGUUGGAGGCAGUCAUGAAGGAGCUUGAUCAGAUGGCCACAACGGGUGCCACAUACAACGAUGCACCCCACGUCAUUGAGGUCAUUCUACCCAUGCUGUGCAGCUACCUUCAUUUCUGGUGGAUGGAGGGUCCGGAUAACAUCUGCAGGAGGCAAGGCAAUUACUGGACAAUGGUGAACUCAAAUCAUCUCAACACCACACUGGGUAACGUGCUGACUUUGAUCAAAUUCAACCUGGGUUCUGAAGAUGCCCCAUGGAUGACACGCAUUGCUGCUAAUGCCCAGCCCAUCCUUAAUGAUGUAAAGGAAGAGUUACUGAAGACCCACUUCCUACCAGUAAUUGUCAAGCUGCGAGGCAAGAUGGAGACGGUCUUUGCGGCAGAGGAAGUCCUCAAGAAGGAGUACCCCAUGGGAGGCAACGAGAUGGAGGAGGCCGAGUUUGCCAUUCUUGAGGACUAUCACCUGAUAGUGAGGGAUAUCUAUGCUUUCUAUCCCCUCCUCAUCAAGUUUGUUGACUCACAAAGGGCCAAGUGGCUUAAGAUGCCUUCCUUGGAAGCCGAAAGCCUCUUUAGUGAGGUCUCUAGCAUCUUCAGUUGUUGGGCACGAUCUGCGAACUGCCGUCGUGAAGAGCAGAACUUUGUCGCCCAAAUGGAGGCGGAGAACGCUGCCCUCUUGGCGUGCGCGACCUCAAACCGAAGGAUGGGCCUGACUCCACCGGAUGACCCCGGAGCCGGCAUUAAGAAAGCCAGGGAGUGUAGGGUUGAAGGUCAGGGUUCGCCGACCAGCCUAGUAGUGGUCUGUCUGAAGCGCAUGCUGCCCAUUGGGAUGAACCUUUACGGUGCACGAGAACAGGAGCUGGUGCAACAGGCCAAGAUGAAGUUCCAGGAGAAAGAGACGGAAAAGGACGUGCGAGAUUUCCUGGUGCACUCCCUCCAUCUUCAGGACAAAGAGGUCGACUCCAGUGAUUCUUCCCCUAAGACCUGCACACCCUGCUCCUCCACCUUUUCUAGAAGACGUUCCUCUAACUUGUCCACGUCCCUGUCUGCCAAGCCCUCGUCCUCGUUUCACAAACCUCAUAAAGCUAGAUCCGCCCCUGCUUCCUCGGUAGCUCCGCCUCCUAGUGCAUGUCCGAGGCGGCCUUCUCUAACCGCAAGUCAAGCGGCCAAGAAUUGGCAGCGACAUCUGUACAACAAGGCAGCGUCCAAUCGCAUGGUGUACGCCGUGGAGAUGACUCAGGAGAAGAUUGUGGACAGGAUCAUCAAUAUGGCCCUGGUUUUGCACAGACUCCAUUUGAUGGAGCAUCCCCCGCUCUCCAAGAAGAGUGCUUGGAGGCGGCUCAUGUCAGCUCAGAGACGUCGAACUAUCAUGGCCUGCUUCAGGAUGAUCCCACUCCACCAUCUGCCCAAGCAUCGUGCUAUCAACUACUUCCUCCGAGCCUACAAGGAAAAGUGGCUGAUUGUGGAGGACUCAGCUCAGCAUUUACUGAUUGAAGACCUCACCAAGUCCAGUGGGGAGGAGUUGGCGGCGGUGUCUGAAGAAAGCAGUAGAGAUCCGCUACAUCAACUUAUCUUGACAUUCAGUCGGUCGUUCGGCCUCCAGCGCGAUGGUGUGGAACAGGACUUCCUGUAUGCUUCCUACGCAGACAUCAUGAGCAGGAGUUGCAGUGGUGACGAUGAUGAAGAUGAUGAAGAAACAGAGGACAGCAUCUCCUUCCAGGAGCAAGAGCUAGCCAAGCAGCGAUUGUUGUCUGAGCAAGGCAGGCUGGCCGACAGAGGUGCUGCAGAGAUGGUCCUGCUGCUUCUCAGCGCCAGUGAUGGUAAGCCCAGCCCUAUGGUCAUGUGCACUCUACAACUUGGUAUCUCCCUCCUGAGGGGUGGUAAUGUAGCCGUCCAAGAGAGAAUGCUUUCACAUCUUCAAGACAAGAUGGAUGUUGGGUUCUUCACUAGUGUAGCUGAGCUGAUGGAAUCAUGCAGUGUGUUGGAUUUAGAGGCUUACGAGAGAUACAACAAAGCUGAGGGACUGGGUGUUAGCUCUGGGGAGAAUGCUGUCACUGGUGAGUCUGCCGCAGAUGUUCAUUUCCUGACUGAGUUCAGAGAGAAGGCACUCCACGAUGCUCCGUUUACUUGUGCUCUGUUCCGGUUCCUUCAGCUGCUCUGUGAGGGACAUAAUCUGGAGUUCCAGAAUUACCUGAGGACGCAGACUGGCAACCAUACCACCGUCAACAUCAUCAUAUGCACAGUGGAUUACCUCCUUCGACUGCAGGAAUCAAUCAGUGACUUCUACUGGCAUUACUCAGGCAAGGAUGUCGUAGAUCAGCAGGGCCGUGAGAACUUUUCCCGGGCUUUCAAAGUAGCCAAGCAAAUAUUCAGAACACUGACAGAAUACAUUCAGGGACCCUGUUCGGGCAACCAGCUGGCCCUGGCUCACAGCAGGCUGUGGGACGCAGUGGGCGGUUUCCUACACGUCUUCGCCAACCUCCAGAAGAAGCUCUCCCAGGACCCCGGCCAGCUGGAGCUGCUGCGGGAGCUGCUCAACCUGCAGAAGGAGAUGGUGGUGCUGCUGCUCAGCAUGUUGGAAGGUAACGUGAUGCAUGGGACCAUUGGCAAACAGAUGGUAGACACACUUGUUGAGUCCUCUCUCAAUAUGGAGAUAAUCUUGAAGUUCUUCGACAUGUUCCUGAAGUUGAAGGAUCUGGCCUCCUGCGAGGCUUUCAUGGAGUAUGACACAAAUAACGAUGGUUGGAUCUCGCCGAAGGAGUUCAGGGUUGCAAUGGAGUCCCAGAAGAUAUACACAUGUGAAGAGAUAGACUACCUGUUGAAGUGUGCCGAUCGCAACAAUGAUGGACGCAUUGACUUGAAUGAGUUCACUGACCGCUUCCAUGGUCCCGCCCAAGACAUUGGUUUCAACUUGACAGUGUUGUUGACAAAUCUAGCUGACCACAUGCCAAACGAUGUCAGGCUUGAGAGAUUCAAACAGCUUGCAGAGAGCUUACUGAAUAACUUUGAACCUUACCUCGGCCGGAUUGAGAUCAUGGGCAGCAGCAAGCGCAUUGAGCGUGUGUAUUUUGAGAUCAAAGAGUCACACAAGGCUCAAUGGGAGAAGCCACAGAUCAAGGAAUCCAAGCAUGCCUUCCUCCAUGAGCUUGUCAAUGAAGGAGGCGAGAAGGAAAAACUUCAGGACUUUGUUAACUUCUGCGAGGACACCAUCUUUGAGAUGCAGCAUGCAGCCAGUAUGAGUAACACCACAGAAGGCAUGCUGGAGAGCAUAGUCAGUCUCAUUGCCUUCGGGGGAAGAGACUCGCAGGCAUGGCUGAUGUGGUUCUUCCGUUCCCUGCGUCCGUCCAGCAUCCGGAAGUCAGUGAAUGACCUCUUUGAGGAUUACAGCCCCAAGAAGCUGCGCUCUGUCUCCAUCUUCUCCAUCUUGUGGGGCCUCAUCAAGAUAUUCUUCUUUCUGUCCAAGAAGAUGUGUGCCUUCGUGUUCUUCCUCAUCAGCAAACUUAUCGGCAUCCUGCUGGGUAACCGCAUCCUGGAAGAUGCACGGGAAAUCACCGGUACCCUGAAGGAAACACUCAAGGUACCCAACAUAGCCAGGCAGCAGGCCUCGGGAUUGCAUACCAUGCAGAACUACGGGUUACCGGCCGCCAGGAGUGGGCCCACCGUCUCAGCGUUCGGCAUCGACUUCUUCAAGGAUCGAAAGUCAUCAGACUCAAGUGAGAGCAGCGCGUGCCAGAUGAGGAUGCGGCGUAAACGCCGCCAGCUCACGCCUUCCUCCAGCUUUGACUUUGACCGUGAGGGCAAGGAAGGGCCGCUGGCACCACCCUCGACACCGGGAGCCGACACACCCGAGGCAACAAUCGCCGCAAUGAUCAAUGGUUCAGCCAACCAGUCGCGUAACAUAAUGGAUAGAAGAGAAAGCACUGUCUUCCCAAGUUUGUUUCUGGCUCAGGAACUAGGUCUGCAGAAAGAUGAGCAGGAGGAAGAGGAAUUUUGUGAGCCCAACAUGGACCGCGUCAAGCAGACCUUCCUGAGUUUCUUUGCACGUAAUUUCUACAACAUCAAGUAUCUUGCUCUCAUCUUGGCCUUCAUCAUUAACUUAUGUCUACUGUUCUUCCGGGUGACCGUGUAUCUCGCAGACACCACCCCAGCUCCAAGUGAGGACAACCCCUUCCACGAAAUCAACUCCACCAUCGCAGACAACGGAGUGCCGUCAACCCCCGACGAAGAGCCCGAGUCAGACACAGAGGAGGUCAUCAUCCUGCACGACGGGGUGACGUACCUGGAACCAAUUCUACAGCUGCUCUGCAUUGUCCACACCCUGGUCUCCGUCUCAAUGAUGAUUGCCUACUGUGCUCUCAAGGUUCCUCUGGCCAUCUUUAAGAGGGAGAAGGAGAUUGCCCGCAAGCUGGAGUUUGAAGGAGCAUGGAUCGAGGAGCAACCAGCAAGAGACAUCAAGGGGCGAUGGGACUCCCUGGCCAUCAGCACCAGAUCAUUUCCAGUCAACUACUGGGACAAGUUCGUCAAGCGAAAGGUCAUGAAAAAAUACGGGGAAAGUCUAGGAGAGGAAAAACUGAGUCAGAUCUUGGGAAUGGACAGCGAGAGCAGCAAGCCACCACAGGGACUGAUCAGUGCACUGUUGUAUGCCAUUGAUUGGAAGUACCAGCUCUGGAAAUGUGGAGUCAUCUGUACAGAUAGGUCUUUCCUGUACAUCGCCUGGUAUCUGACCUUCUCAUUGCUGGGCCAUAUCAAUCACUUCUUCUUUGCUGCCCACCUGCUUGACAUGGCCAUGGGCUUCAAGACAUUGCGUACGGUGCUGCAGUCAGUCACCCACAACGGCAAGCAGCUGAUGUUGACUGUUCUCAUGACUUGCGUUGUCAUCUACCUGUACACGGUGUUGGCCUUCAACUUCUUCCGCAAGUUCUACAUGAAGGAUGAGGAUGGACAGAUAGAGUACAAAUGCCACAACAUGAUGACAUGUUUCAUCUUCCAUCUGCAUUCAGGGCUUAGAGCAGGAGGUGGAAUCGCUGACGAGAUUGAGCCUCCCGAUGGCGAUGACUAUGAAUUCUACCGCAUCAUCUUUGAUAUCACCUUCUUCUUUUUUGUCAUUAUUAUCUUGCUGGCCAUCAUCCAAGGUUUGAUCAUUGAUGCCUUUGGCGAGUUGAGAGAUCAACUUGAGCAGGUCAAGAGUGACAUGGAGACCAAAUGUUUCAUCUGUGGCAUAGGCAGUGAGUACUUUGAUAAGAUCCCACAUGGUUUUGACCUCCACACAUCCAAAGAGCAUGAUCUCUCCAACUAUAUGUUCUUCCUGAUGUAUCUCAUCAACAAGCCGGAAACGGAGCACACUGGACAGGAGUCGUAUGUCUGGCAGCUGUACCAACGACGGUGCUGGGACUUCUUCCCCGUCGGAGACUGCUUCCGUAAACAGUACGAAGAGGAGUAAAGAAACAGACUGACUUCCCAUGAUGCUAUGGUACAGGAUGAAGUCUUCAUUCACACCCGGUGCCCACGUAUGGAGGGCACUAGACAGGCCAAGUUUAUCAUGCUGAGGACUUCUAAAUGGGAUGUUGUGGUGUUUGUCACAGAACGGAAGGUUCUUGUCAGUACAAAACCACAUACUUUUAGUGCUUAUAUUUUAGCAACUCCACCCACAGUCCUUCUCUUUGUACUAGGGUGGGUGACUGUGAUAACCUUGUCUCUACUAUUGACCGGUGCGGGCAGUGCAGGGGAAACAUCACGAUCAUACCAAGAGGUCUUUGACCUCACCCUGAAGGUCACAGAUGGGGAAUCUUGUGAAGGUCACAGAUGAACAAGCCAAUCGUACCAUUGAUGAAAUGUUAGCAAUUUGUUGACAGGGUUUGGUGCAAUAGGGUUCGGUGAGAGGUUUACCAGAACUUUACUUUUGAAGUUGAAAAUGGUUUAUGUAAAAGGACAUGGAUUUCUGCUGCAAUAAACUUGAUACUUGUGACCUUUGACCCACUGGCAUGCGAACUUGACCCCUCAGCAUUGAAUCCUAGCAUAUAGCUAACUUCAUAAUAGGAGUCCAUGCGUAUGUUUUCAUUAAGUUUUGUUUUCAAAAUAGUUUCUACUUGAUAAUGGAAUUAUUGCAUCUAUUGCUGCACACUGUUGACAAUUUAUUCCAGGAGAAAAAGUUUUAAUCAAUAAUUCUGUCAUAUUUGUGGAGAGUUUCUGAUUGACAGCUUUCAUGGGUUUUAGAAAAUCAAGUUUGGGUUCCUAGUAUUCUGAAAUUGUAGAAGCAUUUCCCCAAACCAAACACUCUUGUUGAAAAUUCAGUCAAUCAAAUUGAUCUACUAACACAUGUCCUGACAAGGAUAAUUUUAGUAAUAACAGAUGUUUUUACAUGACAUUCAAAGCAACUGAAUGAAUUGCUAAUAAGAUAUGAAUUGUUACAUUAACAUCAGCAGUAUGGUUUGAGUGCAAAUGAAUAAAAUAUAUAAACUAGUCACAAACUAACUCUGAAUUAUUUUACAUUUUGGGAUUUACACUUUGCACUAUUGUCUUAUAUUAGUUUCUGGGUUUUUUCUUUUUGGUGUAAUGUAUUUAAUUUGUGCCUGUUUUUUGACAUUUCCUAUAAAAAUGAGGAAGAACGAACUAUUGAUGGUUGAAAUUUGAUGUUGAAUCAAUUUUUUUUUGCUUGAGCUUAAUUUCAGAGUCUUGACAUUUCUAGUGCAUUCUGGAAAACAAGGCUAGUGCACAAUUCAUAACACCUUUGGAACAGCGUGACUGUUUACAUUGAAUACACCCACUAGAGCUUAUAAUAUACAUUGGUCUGCAGGAUUUUUUAUUUUAAUUACUAGUAAGAUAAAAAAUUCUGACUUCAAACUUUAGACAAGCUAUGGCCUGGUUUUCUUUGAUCAGUCUUAGAAAAUUCACCCUGGAUAUCAAUUUUUGUCGGCUGAUAUUCUUCAGUUAUGUAAGAUCAGUUUGGAGAUUGUCAGAUAUUGUUUUUGGAUAGGAAUGCUGAAAAGUCAAAGAUGUGAAACACCCUUAGUAAGGAGAUGAGAAAUUCAUUGUUGGGAAUGUGUCGGUGAUCGCAGCAUUUUCUACAGAAUAAGUCUUGUCUCCUGUUUUGAAUCAUGUGCCUUGGAAUUUCCACCAGAACAACUUUUAUAGAACUCUGAUUUUAUUUACUCAAAACGGUAUCUUUUAAAAGCAGGUUCCAGACUGUUGAAGUAACAAAAGGAGUUUGAAGCUGAUACACAUAAAUAAACUUUUGUAAUUGGUGAGGAAUGAUAGAUUUGAAUAAAGGUUUGGGUGAAAGCUGCUUUUUUGCAUCGAGGAGUUAAUUUUUGGCAAAUUUUAAAAGGACAAAAAAAUGAAUACCUGUAACAUAUCUGUGUAAAGGUUGUUGUGGAUAUACCAUUGAAUGAAACAAAAUGGGCAACAAGUUGAUAUAUGAAGUGGCGCAACGACAAAAAAUAUGAAUUUUGUUAGUUUUGCCUGUCUCUGUCUGUCUGUCACUGAAUUUGUAACUGUUAAAUAGAAAUUUAUACAAUCAUGUGGUUCAAAAUUGGAAAGGGACAAUUGGGCCAGUAUAUGAGAACCAAAGUUAUGGUAGGAGGACGAGGGUGUGUGGGGUAUUUUUGUGAGUUUUCAGUUGAGAUUGACAAAAUUGGCUGCCCAUCCUGCUCACCAAGCAAGGGACCACCAAUUAGGUGAUUCUGUCCGAACUGAUCAGUCAAUUACAAGAUUACAUUGGGAUUUCAUUGGUGAGUGUAAUGCCAUAAAAACAUGUAGUACUUUUUGUGUGCUUCUGUUUUAAGUUCAGUAGAUGUAAUCAUAGAUGAUUCUUCAGAUUUAUUUUUGUGAAGGAGUAAUUCACCUAUGUUGUUUUUACAUCAAAAUAAUACCUUUCAGUUUUCUAUGAGGCUUGUGCUAAAAUAGGCUGGUUCCUUGGUAAACUGACAAGUUUCACAUUAAUCCUGAAUAUGACAUCGGGAUGCUACACAGAGGUGGUUGCAGCAUAACAUAAGCUGCCAUGUUGUACCAACCUGUUGGAGUCAUAUGAAUCAGAAAUUCGAAGGAUGUGAGAGUGUCCAUGUAUUUUUGUAAUUCAUUAAUAGGUUUGAUGUUAAAGGUGAGAGGUGUGUGAAAAUGACGAAGUGUUACACUGUUUUACUUUAUAGUGUUACCAGAAUGUUUCUUUGGCAGUUUGUAUACACAAUAAUGAGGCAAUCACAUUUCAUCUCAAUAAAAAUUGUUUAUAAAUAUAUUUAUAUGUAUAAUUUAUACACACUACAAAAGUUGUUUUGUAUGCAUAUACUUAACACGUCUUCAAGCGAGCAUACUCUAUGUGUAAUAAGUUUAAUGAUUGGUUUUGUUGCAUAUAGUUACAUGGAUUGUGUCACCAAAGUAGAUUUUAUUCUUCACAUUAUGUUUGGGGAAACCCUUGGAUGGGACUUUAUAUCUUAUCAGCUUUAUCCUUAAUGAACUAGAAUCAGCUAAUGAAACAGAAAUUGUUAUUGUAGAAUUGUUUUAUCAUUUUGUGCAAUUCAAGUGUUGAAGAGAUUUCAUGUAGUGCCGACUUCAGAUAUUUUGAAAUGAUUAGAGGCAGCAUAUUGUAAUAAACACACUGAAUUGUUAGUCAGUGCAUUGCGUGCACCUAAUUGUGUCUGGUUACUAUAAGAACAUGCACAGUCCACUGUGCUCAUCUUAUCCAAACAGCCACUACCUUGGCAAAUUUUCUUCCACCCCUUUUGCCAUUCAGUGAAAUCUUGAUCAACUGUAGUGUGCCCUCUAGUGCUACAAUGCAGCAUGGUGCCACUGCAAUGUUUAUCCUUCUUCUUAGUGCCAUUGCUUAUGGCACAUGUCAUUUUUGCAUCCUGGAAUUUCUAGAGUUUUCUGUUUUGCUAGAUCAUCUGUGUUAAACCUGAUCAACUGUAAUGUAUUUUAAAUAAAUUCCUUUUCAUUGUGCUGUGUCGGUUUUCCCCUUA